AUGUCUUCGUCACCACCUCACUCGCUGGCUAUCGCUAAGUCAUCGAGAUCAUCACUCGGCACCCUCGAUGUGCUUCCCAUCGAAUUGAUUCAGAAAUGCACCGCACUGCUGGAUCUGAGACCCCUUGGCCUCUUUGCAACCACGUGUCGACGUGCCCGUGAAAUUGUCUGGGCUUUGCCGGGAUUGAUGAAACUUUGCCAGCGAUAUCCGGAUAUCAUUGCGAGCCUCGACAAAACAGGAGUGUUGGAAUGGCAUUCAUUUGCGGCACUAUUCGAUGCGAUCUCGAAACCGGAUUGCUCUACUUGCGGCGCAGCUGGGACAUCCUUCUAUCUCUUUACUUGCCGACGCUAUUGCGACUCCUGCUGGCGCAAUGAAAAGGAGUUCUGUGUAUUGCCAAUGAUUUACCUGCAAAAAGCGAUGGACGCCGCGCCAGCUAUGGCGUGGAACAAGAUACGCCCUGUGAUCGUCUGUCACCAACUCCCGGGAGAGUCUGAAAUCGAUAUUCAUGAGUCCUUGUGUCUCACCAGCAGUCCAAAAUUGGGACUGGCCGGAUAUAUCACUCGCUCAACCCCUCCGCGACAUGCAGGACAAUUGAUGUUCCCAAACUCCACGAUGGAGUCCGACCUGCUUCUAGCUGCCUGGAGAGAGUGGUUAGCGCAAGCUUCGCAAUCUACAGUGGACUCUGGCUCAGCAGAAGCAGCAUUGGAAUUUGUUGAAGCUUUGCACAAGGACAUCAACAAGAAUUGGGAAACCAGCCUUAGUCUCAUCCAAGCCUGUCUCCCGUGGUAG